AUGGGGCUAUCUAAGACGAACAGGAUCUUGAUCCUGCUGGUCAUUGAUACCGCAUUCUUCCUACUUGAGUUAAUUACUGGUUAUGCCGUCCACUCCCUUGCCCUCGUCGCUGAUUCCUUCCAUAUGUUGAACGAUGUUUUAUCCCUGUGUGUCGGAUUAUGGGCUGUGAAAGUAGCGAACCGGGAGACAACCUCCAACACCUACACAUAUGGCUGGCAACGAGCAGAGACCCUUGGUGCCUUGGUCAAUGGAGUCUUUUUAGUUGCACUUUGCAUGUCGAUUUUCUUAGAGGCAACUCAGCGGCUGUUUGAACCCCAGGAAGUGCAAAACCCGCGAUUUGUUUGCAUCGUUGGUUGCUUCGGUCUUGCCUCCAAUAUUAUCGGACUGGCGCUAUUCCACGAUCACUCUCACGGACCCGGCGGCGGUCACGACCAUGGCCAUGAUCACGACCACGAUGAGCAUGACCAUGAUAUUGAGGCCGGUGAAUACGCUGAGCACGAUCACGCACCGAUUGCGGAAUAUGGAGCAGGCACGCCUGGUGCUGGAGGACCUGCAAGCUUGGCCCCGAAAGCUCUCCCUCAUGCUACCACGGAACCAGCAUCCCCAGCAUCCCGCAAACGUCGCGACACCCCGACUCGCGGUUCCAGAAGAUACAGCACUUCGACAGGCCGCGGGCUUGUGAGCCCGGCCGACAUUCCUGUCCUCCCAGAGAGACUCAGACAGGGGAUUAUUGCGGCGAGUCAAUACCGUGAUCAAUCGUCUGACUCGGAGAACGGCCACGACGAGGAUGAGAUCCCAUCUGAGCGCUCAGGUCUCUUAAGUCGCCGGGAUCGCACCAGGAACUAUACCGACGAGGAGGGCGCUCCAAUCAAACCCCAAGAUGACCACCAUGAAGAUGUUCACAAAUCGCACAACCACGCCCAGCCCAAGCCGAAGGAUCAGAAGAAGGGUCACAGCCAUGACCUGAACAUGCGUGGUGUCUUCCUCCACGUCAUGGGAGACGCUCUCGGAAACAUUGGUGUGAUUGUUUCCGCACUUGUAAUCUGGUUGACCGACUACAAAUGGCGCUUCUACGUCGACCCGGGCAUUUCCCUUGUCAUCACACUGAUCAUUCUUGCUUCCGCGAUUCCAUUGUGCAAAGCUGCUUCGCGUAUCCUUCUGCAGGCCGUGCCUCCCGGUAUGAGUAUCGACCAUAUCAAGGAGGAUAUUGAGCGACUCCCCGGCGUCAUUGGCUCGCACCACUUGCACGUUUGGCAACUGAGCGACACCAAGAUUGUGGCUUCAAUCCAUCUCCAAGUGGACACCGAGAUAAAGGGCGAAGGCUCCGAUAGGUACAUGCGCCUGGCCAGACAGGUCAGACGCUGUCUUCAUGCCUACGGUAUCCACUCUUCCACUAUUCAGCCCGAGUUCGCCCCCGAUAGUGAUGUCGAAGACGAUGGCCAACCCUCAGCCUCGCGGGGAACCGAUGAGCAAGUUCCCAGCCGUGCUGCCAGCGUUCGGGAUGGUGAUCCACAGGCAUGCCUUCUCGAAUGUGACGAGAACUGCGCACGAGGAGGCCAGUGUUGCCCCAAAAAGUGA